UGAAAUCUCAUCCCCAUCACUAACAAGUACUCUUGUUUCUCUCUCUACAUAUAUCCUUCUCUCUCUCUAAAAAAACACUAACAGACACAAUGGCAAGCAGUGCAGGGGCAUUGGUGUCCAGGUACUCCAACAGCAAGAUUUCGAGACACGACUUUGAACCCGAUUUUGUCUUCGGUGCUGCUACUUCUGCUUAUCAGAUAGAAGGUGCUUAUAAGGAGGAUGGUAAAACCUUCAGUAUUUGGGACACCUACAGCAUAACCAAACCUGCUAAAAUAUCUGAUGGUAGCAAUGGCUGCCUUGCCAUUGACCACUACAAUAAAUACAAGGAGGAUAUUGAUUUGAUGAAAAAGUUGGGGUUAGAUGCUUACAGGUUUUCAAUUGCAUGGACCAGAAUAUUACCAGGUGGGAGAUUGAGCGGCGGCGUUAACAGAGAAGGCGUCAAGUUCUAUAAUGAUGUCAUUGACUAUGCACUCUCCAAAGGAAUUCAGCCGUAUGUAACAAUCUUCCAUUGGGAUACUCCCACUUUCUUGCAAGAGGAGUACGGUGGCUUUGCUAGCCCAAGAAUAGUGCAAGAUUUUGCGGAGUACGCAGAAGUGUGCUUCUUCGAGUUCGGGGACCGUGUGAAGCAUUGGAUCACGAUAAACGAGUCGUGGACGUACACUCACCAUGGUUACAUAACUGGAGAUUUCCCACCUAACCAUGGUACUUAUACAACCGGUCCAACCGAAACGACAACAAGCGGUGCUCCAAAGAACAAAAGGAAUCACAGAUGUACACGUGGCGUUGACCCACAUGUGCUCAGUGGGUCCAACCCCGGAACCGAACCCUAUUUGGUCGCACAUCAUUUGAUCCUUGCUCAUGCUGCAGCCGUUGAAAUAUACCGACGAGACUAUAAGGAAGCCCAAAAGGGCAUAAUAGGUGUUACACAUGUUUCAAUGUGGUUUACACCACUAGAGGACACCGAAGAAGAUAAAGCAGCUGCUUCAAGAGCUGUUGAUUUUAUGUGGGGAUGGUUUCUGGCACCUAUAGUGAGGGGCGAAUACCCCCCUGUGAUGAGAGAGAGAGUGGGUGACCGGCUACCGGUAUUCACACCUGAGCAGAAAAAGUUAAUAACACAAUCAUUUGAUUUUAUUGGAUUGAAUUAUUACACAACUAAUUACGUCACCUACAAACCUACCCCAUAUGGCACCCCACCAACUUAUUAUACAGAUCAAGAAGCUGAUUUCCUCACUGAACGAAAUGGGGUGCCAAUUGGCGAUAAGGGUGGUUCUCCAUGGAUGUUCGUUGUCCCGGAAGGAUUCUACAAGCUUAUAGUGCACACUUAUGAAGAAUACGAAGAUCCUCUGAUUUACGUCACGGAGAACGGUAAUUAAUUAAAUACAUAUGUAGA